CGGGCACCUGGAAGGCCCCUCCGAAAGCAUGAGGGUAAUCUUUAAGUGACACGACGUUCUUCUCUUUCCUAACUUGAUUCUUCACGCUGUCUUGAGCCCUUUCCGCCUCGGGACUGCACUCAUGAUCAUCGCGGGACAUUUCCAAACUCGCCACCUUCCCCGCAGCCGAGACUGGCGCUCACGAUGGUCACUGGUAAAGCCCUCGGUCAAUCUUCCCCGAAUCUUCGACGUCCUUUCCACCUUAGGUCUGGAGUGACAGGCCACAUGUCGUGGACUCCGGAGAAGGGUCCAGAUCUGCAUGCUGGGCGCCCUGGACGAGCAUGAAGAUACUUCAGGACUACCCGGAAAUACUUUCACCUCGGAGACGUGGCAGUAACCAUGCUCCGCGUAGCGAGAAACCCCGGACGAGUGAUCAUGUGUUCCGUCCACGCGGGCCGUCGUCGCAAAGUGUCUCCUGCCACAGAAAAGACUUGUCAGAGCAGAACACUUGGCGUCAAGACUGGCUGGCCGCGGCCGGCAACUCGAGCAAACUCUGCAGACGAUACUAUCGGGACAGUCAAGAAGCAGGACUGUUCGAAGGAUAAAUACCGCAAUGUGGACUCGAGUCUCAAUGUGACGACUUUGCCCAGCAGCGAACAAGAAUAGUCUACAAUUCGCUGGAAGACUCGAAAGAAACGAGACACCAAGCAGACACCGCUUGCCUUGAACGACUGCUGGUGGCGUGUUCAAGAGUGAUUCGAGAGACUAGUGUCGACAGAUUGCGGCUCUCUCACAGCCGAGACAUUUCCUCGAACAGACUAGGAGUGCGGGACCUGGCAUGCCGUUGGCUCUCUGCCAGGAGAUCGACACGAGUACGGCGUCAGCAGGCAGCACGCGACAGCAGCGGCGGCUUCACUUAGACAAGGUGGCGAAAGCACGAGGCGGGUGAUCUUGAUCUGCGGUCGGGGCUACAGCAGUCGAACACGUUGCUGUCUAGAUGGGCGGUUCAUGCCGGUUACGGAAACGUUCCAUUGUUGCCGAUAGCCGCGACGAUGCAAGGUUUGCGGAUGGAGGUGCAACUCAGAUUGGUCCCCGGUUGGCGGCUCCUUGCGGCAUGUGAGGCUCGGAGCGGCAACGACGUUGACGAUCCGACGUAGUUAGCCGCGCUUUUGUCUUCGUCUUAUAUGUGACGAGACCUCAACUUCAAGUCGGGACAUCUCAUCGAGUGUCGCCAAAAUGCCACCAGAUUGAUGAAGCAUCGUUCUGUCAAGCUCAGCAGUGCUUGAGAAAAAGAUGCGAGUGCUUAUGGCUACAUUUCCGGGGCCGAACCUGCCCCUCACGGCUUGUUCCUUUCGUCGUCAUCAGUUGAAGUUCAAGGCUUGAAUCGCACAACAUAGGCAACAUGAGGGUGGAUGUGUAAGAGAU